AUGGCAUCAAGCAUCGUCUGCUCUGAGGCCCCAGUAGACGACAACAGAUGCCGAAGACCUUCUUCGGAGCUGAACAAAAGCAUUUUUCAUGCCUCUGAUGCGCUUAGUGUUAUCCCUGGGACUCGAGCUAGUGAGAACAAGUUGAGGAAAACGGUGAAGAAAUACGUCAACAAAGCACGCCGGCUUGUGGGCCUGCUUGGGUGCGCUACAAACUCCGAGGAUGUUUUUCCACCUGCACCGAUGUGUAGCCUCGCUUCAUCGAGCCAUGCACCCUCGUCGUCUAGGGCGGUUCAAGAUGACGAGGAGGAGAGCGAGGACGAUGAUGAUGAAGAGGAAGAUGAAGAAGAGGGCGCAGAAGAAGAACAUGGUGAGGAGGAAGAGGACGAUGAGGAGGAGGAGGAGUACGAUGAUGACGACGGACCUCCAACAACUCAGCCAACCCAGCGUGAGAAGAGGAAUGUGCCGAAGAAGGAUUGGAAGAGUCCAUCCCCGUUUCAGAAAGCACGUCCUACCGCUCGCAAGAAGACGGCGACCGAGAAGCGAUCCAAGGAUAACAAGGACCGAACGUCGAAGAGGGGAGGGAAGGACUGA